CUCCUUCCACUCCCACCAGCAGUCAACUCAGCAGAACCCACGGCUCCUGUGAUUCUCUGAUUUUUGCUUUGGCUCACUUCUGAAGACUUGGAACUGUACAGGAAACUUUUUCUUCUUCUCCUGAGAACGAAGGAUUUCUUUUCCACUGCAGCAUGGAGACCACCACUGGGGAAUAUGUUGAUAACUAUGACUAUUAUGAUGACAAUGAGACUGCAUGUGACUUCUCAGAGUGGGAGCCCUCUUAUUCCCUCAUCCCGGUCCUCUACAUGCUCAUCUUCAUCCUGGGCCUGUCAGGUAACGGUGUGGUCAUCUUCACCGUCUGGAGAUCCAAAUCUAAACGUCGGGCUGCAGAUGUCUACAUAGGGAACCUGGCUAUUGCGGACCUCACCUUUGUUAUAACCCUGCCUCUCUGGGCCGUGUACACAGCGCUGGGCUACCACUGGCCCUUCGGUGUGGCUCUGUGCAAGAUCAGCAGCUACGUUGUUCUGGUCAACAUGUACGCCAGUGUGUUCUGCCUCACCUGCCUGAGCUUCGACCGCUACCUGGCCAUCGUGCACUCUCUAUCCAGCAGCAGGCUGCGCUCAAGGGGCACCAUGCUGGCGUCCUUGGGUGCUAUCUGGUUCCUGUCCGGCCUGUUGGCUGUGCCCACGCUGCUCUUCCGCACCACUGUGAACGACCAAAACAGCAACCGGACCACAUGCGCCAUGGACUUCAGCCUGGUCACCAUGAACCAGAGGCACGAGUACCUCUGGAUAGCCGGGCUCAGCCUGUCCUCCUCCGCCUUGGGUUUUCUCCUACCGUUCUUGGCCAUGACCAUCUUCUACUGCUUCAUCGGCUGCACCGUCACACGCCACUUCAACAACCUGCGCAAGGAGGACCAGAAGAAGAAGCGGCUGCUGAAGAUCAUCACCACACUGGUGGUGGUGUUUGCCAUCUGCUGGACGCCCUUCCACGUGCUAAAGAGCAUGGAUGCCCUGUCUUACCUGAACCUGGCCCCGAACUUUUGCGGCUUCCUGCGCUUCCUGCUUCUGGCUCACCCCUACGCUACCUGCCUGGCCUACGUCAACAGCUGCCUCAACCCGUUCUUGUACGCCUUCUUCGACCUGCGCUUUCGUUCCCAGUGUCUGUGCCUGCUCAACCUGAAGAAGGCGAUGCAUGGCCAGAUGAGCUCCAUGUCCUCCACACUCAGUGCCCAGACUCAGAAGUCAGAGAUUCAGUCUCUGGCCACCAAGGUGUAGAGAGGGUAAAAGGAAAGGUGGAGCGUGGCUGCGGGUCGGUCCCAGCUCCAACCACUGGAACACUUGUAAAAAAAAUGACUUUAUGUGUCCGUUGUUCAAAGCUGGUAAGCUGAGAUGUUGAACUUUCACUGCUCACAGUCAUGAAAUCCAUAAUUUGUUCUUCCUAUUCUGUGAAAGAUGUGGAUGCUCUGAUUUGAAGCUGGAGCCAGCUGGCUGAGCUCAUUAGUUGCUUUGUUGCUCAAAUUCUCAGAGAAGAAAAAGUAUAUUUUUUGUUUUGUCCUGCUCUGCAAAAAAGUUAAUUUCUUUCAUGGAAAGAGGGCAACAUUAUGAUUUUUGAAACACACACUGAUGUUGGUAAUUGCAAAUCAAUUUAUCAGUUUACACUGGAUGAAACAUAAAGCUGUACAGUAUUUUCAUACCAUAGCAUUGUUUUUCUUGUUCAGAUCUAUUGCUGUUUUGUUUUAGAAGCACUUGUUAAAAAUAUAUGUGAGCAGGGAAAUCAAAUAAAGCAGUGU